AGAGAGAGAGAGAGAGAGAGAGAGAGAGAAACACACACACAGAGAGAGAGAAAGCAAGCACACAGAAAGCAGUCAAACCAGCGCAGAAUGGCUUUCUUGGACAACCCAGCCAUUAUUUUGGCCCACAUCCGGCAGUCCCAUGUGACCAGCGAUGACACGGGCAUGUGUGAGAUGGUGCUAAUCGACCACGACGUGGAUCUGGAGAAGUGGCAGCUGGCCUCGGUGCCCGGUAGCAGCGGGGGGUCACUGGGUUCAGGCUCCCUAGGCGAAGGGGGCAGCGGAGGGGAGAACCCGGGCAGCGACCUCUCCCAGUCAUUGGACAUCACCUCCAGCUGGGACUUUGGCAUCCGCCGGCGCUCCAACACAGCUCAAAGACUUGAAAGGUUAAGGAAGGAGCGACAGAACCAGAUCAAAUGCAAAAACAUUCAAUGGAAGGAGAGGUCGUCUUCGCAAUCAGCGGAAGACCUGGGUUCCCUGUUUGAGAAGAGGGACUUCAAAGAUAGGCCCAGGAGCACUGGUACCAAGUCAACCCUCUCCCUCCGGCUCGAGCAAUGCCCCCAGCAGCUCAACAACCCUUUCAACGAAUACUCCAAAUUCGACGGCAAGGGCCACGUAGGUACAACCGCAACCAAAAAAAUUGACGUCUACCUCUCGAUGCAGUCUGCACAGGAGAAGCUGCAUCCCAUGAUGGUGGUGACCAUCGCCAACGCUCGGGUCCACGACCUCAUCGGCCUCAUCUGCUGGCAGUACACCAGCGAGGGCCGCGAACCCAAACUUAAUGAGAACGUGAAUUCGUACUGCCUCCACAUAGCAGAGGAUGACGGGGAGGUUGACACGGACUUCCCCCCGUUGGACUCCAACGAGCCCAUCCACAAGUUUGGUUUCAGCACUCUGGCCCUGGUCGAGAAGUACUCGUCCCCCGGCAUGGCCGCCAAGCAGUCCCUCUUUGUCCGAAUAAAUGCUGUUCAUGGUUUCUCUCUCAUCCCAGUGGACAGCCUGAAGGUGACCAUGAAGGAGAUCCUGCAGAAGGCGCUGAAGAAGAGGAAAGGCUCUCAGAAAGGCUCAGGUCCCAUGUACCGUCUGGAGAGGCAGACAGAGCCCAACAUGGCUGUGGAUCUGGACAGCAGCCUGGAGAGCCAGAGCACCCUGGAGUUCUGCCUGGUCAGGGAAAACAGCUCUAGAGGAGAGGACAGUUCAGAGGAAGAUCCUCCCAUGGACAUCACCACGGUGCAGGACAUGCUGAGUAGCCAUCGCUACAAGUCCUUCAAGAUCAGCAUGAUCCACAAGCUCCGCUUCACCACUGACGUACAGCUCGGCAUCUCGGGGGAAAAGGUGGAGAUUGACCCCGUCACCAACCAGAAGACCAGCACCAAGUUCUGGAUCCGACAGAAGCCUAUCUCCAUCGAUUCAGACCACCUCUGUGCCUGUGACCUUGUGGAGGAGAGGAGCCCCAGUCAUGCAAUAUUCAAGCUCACACACCUCAGCAACCACGACUACAAGCCCCUGUAUUUUGAGUCUGAUGCUGCUACUGUCAAUGAGAUCGUGCUGAAGGUGAACUACAUCCUGGAGUCUCGGGCCAGCACGUCGCGGGCGGAAUACUUUGCCCAGAAGCAACGUAAACUGAGCCGGCGCACCAGUUUCAGCUUUCAGAAGGAGAAGAAGUCAGGUCAGUAGAGGAGAAGCCCUGGAGCCACUGUCUGGAGCCCCGGCCCUGGAGCCUGGACCAUGGAGCCACUGUCUGGAGCCUGGACCCUGGAGCCACUGUCUUGAGCCCGGACCCUGGAGCCACUGUCUGGAGCCCGGACCCUGGAGCCACUGUCUGGAGCCUGGACCCUGGAGCCACUGUCUGGAGCCUGGACCAUGGAGCCACUGUCUGGAGCCUGGACCAUGGAGCCACUGUCUGGAGCCCGGACCCUGGAGCCACUGUCUGGAGCCCGGACCCUGGAGCCACUGUCUGGAGCCCGGACCCUGGAGCCACUGUCUGGAGCCUGGACCAUGGAGCCACUGUCUGGAGCCCGGACCCUGGAGACCGGACCCUGGAGCCACUGUCUGGAGCCCGGACCCUGGAGCCACUGUCUGGAGCCCGGACCCUGGAGCCACUGUCUGGAGCCUGACUGACUUGACUCGCACAGUGAGGCUGAACACAGCAGAGGGAGCUGAAGGCCAAGGGAAGAGUGUCACAAUCAAAGAGAUAGAAUAGAGGAAGAGAUUAUAAGGAAUAAAAAGAGAGGGAGGUCAUGGCUGCAGGAAGAUGUUUUUGGUUGGGGGGGCAGGAAGAUGUUUUUGGU